AUGGAAUCAAUAUCGACAAAUAAUGACGUACGUAAAAUGAUAGAUACACUUGUAGCUGGAUAUCUUGGUAGACAAAAAUAUUGGGAAUCGUUGAAAUGUUUAAUGAAUGAAUCAUCAAUUUUUCAUGCAGCACAAUGUGGUGGGAUGUCCAUUGUUUUGGGUGAUACUGUGCAUGGCAAGCAUCUAGAAGAAAUCAUCAUUUUAUUCAGUGAAUAUGGUAAUUUUGGUCUAAAUCCAGGCUUGCUUGAUUUUGGAGUUAGGCUUCGCUCACUUGCGAACGAAUUUACAUCAUUAACAAAUGCUUGUGCACAUUGGUCUGAUGCGCAGAAAUUGCUUUAUGGCAAACAUUCAACACCAUCUCGCUCACAACAAAAUUUAUCAGUAACAGCCAACGAGUUAAAUAUUUGUGAAUCAAAUCAAAAUAUGUUACUUGCCACUAACGUCGAUUCAACGACCAGUAUUUCCAGUCAGCAUAGUAACGGAUCCGCCUCUACGAGAAGGAAAUGCGCCCAGCCAGUGAGUAUAAAUACCAGACGACGAGAAUUCAUGAAGGAAGUGGUUGAGCCAGUUGUGCAUACAGCUCAACAAAUUAUUGACAAUGGGAGUGGCAAUAUCACUGAUCCCAAUUCAUCACUUUCCGCGUUAUCAAUGAUUACAAUUGAUGAAAAUGCUGUUGGUACAUUGGAUCGUUGUAUGGCGCAUGAAAAUUUUGCUGAGCUUAUCGAGAGUAUCGAAAAAGAUUUUCCGGAUGGAUUUUUCGACUCUUUCCCGAAUUCAGAUAAUACGGAGAGUUUGCAUGAAGCGGUUUUUAAUGUAUCAUCACAGUCCAACGAUACUCAGCAGGAGCAUGAGCCAAGAGAUGACGAUAGCCAAAAUUUGUAUAAUAUUCCUCAUUCAGUGGCAAUCGAAGAAUCAAAACCGUUGUGCUCUUCCACACCGACUAAGCUCAAAACCCAGGAAAACUCUUCCGUAGUGCCAGGAACCUCCAGUUCGAAAGCAUCAUCAACUUUGAAAACUGAAUUCCGUCGUCUGCAACUGCAACCGAAAGCUAUGCGAAAGAAACCGGUGAUUGCUGAAAGUGCGAUAUUCAGAGAUCGGGUCGAAGUAGAAUGUCCUUAUCUACCGAUUGAGGAAACCGAAAGAGAAGUUGAUAGUGUUGGGCGAGGUUUUUUCAUAUCUUCAAAAAAUAUGACAAAAUCUAGUGACGAUUCUUUUGGAAAAACGAAAACGGGCAAGUUAGAAAUAUCUGCAGGCUGGAGAAAACUUGCCGAAUUGUGUGAUGAAUCAAAUAAAAAAGCCGUAGAAAACGAAGAGCGGAAGGAAGCGCUAAAAAGGGACAGUUUAGAAAUUUGUCAGUCAACAAAUCAAAAGCUGAAAGAUAAAGAAACUAAACAUCCAUUGUCAUCUUCUGCUGAAUUAGAAUUAAGGGCGAAAGUUCGAAAUGAAAUUAAUAUUCCCUUAUCCACUAAUAGUAAUGCCGUUACCAGUCAUCAGAUGGACAAGUGUGUGGAAGAUAAAGGAACUGUACAGAAUACAAAAUUCACUUCGAAAUCACUUAUCGAGCGAGAAAUCGAUCUGCUAUUCGAGAAUUCAGAUGAUCAAGAUUGCAAAAAUUUGCGUACGCAAAAGGUUGAUGAAUGGAAAUUUUUAGAUUCUACUCAUGCUACAUCAUCAAGAGAAAAUAGAAAAGGAUUAGAAGAUAGGAAUGAAAUUUCAGGAGAUGAAGAUUUAACUGUUGGUUAUCGUGAGCGUCACACUUCAGUAAAGUUUAUUACAGACAAGAAAAAAAGAAAACAUCAGAAACAGAAGUUGGUUGGUAAUGACUUUACUAGUGAUUCUAAAAUUUCUCCUGAUAAGAAAAGACAAUUGGAAGAGAUGUAUGUUAGUUCAUCAGUAAAAGAUAAUGAUCGACAAAGUGACAGUACUCUUGCUGGAAGUAAUUCUUUAUGUAAAUUAUCGGAGCAGUGCAAGAAGCAAGAAAAAUUUAGAAAACUCGAGGAAGAUCGAGAGGAAGCACGAGCAAGUGCAGAAAAGAGAAAAAAAGAGAAGGAAUUUUUAAUGAAAAAGGAAAGAGAGGAAAUUGAAAGACAAAAACGUGAAGUGGAAGAAAAGGAGCUAAAAAGAGCAGCUGAAAGAGAGCGAAAAAGAAGGGAAGAAGAGGAACGUGAAGUACGUGAGAAAGAACAGCGUGAAAAGCGACGCAAAGAACGUGAGGAUCGUGAGAAAUUGAAGAAGAUGAAAGGAAAGGAUGAUAAAUUAAGUAAUAGUUGCAAUUCAAAAAGGCAACAAGAAAGAUCUAAAGAUAGAAAAUCAAAAAAAGAGCUAAGAAGUAUUCUGCAGUUCGACUCAAAGAAUGAUGAAGUAAAUGAAGCAAGCAUUUUAGAUAAACUAUUUGGUGAUGAUGAUAGUUUGAAGGUAAUGACGAAGAUUUCAGAUAAGGAAGAGAUGAAAAGAAAGUGUGAAGAAAGCCGUACGAGAUCGUCUUCUACUCAGAAAAUUGCUGGGAAAAUGAAAUUCACAAAGGAGGAUUAUCGUAUGAAGAGGGAAAAAUCAGAGCGUUGUACCGAUCUUAAGGCAACAAAAAAUACAAAGGAAAGUGGUUCAAACCGACCGGAUACAUUGGACGAUCUUUUUAAUUGCCUUGCUGCAAAACCAGGUACAUCGAGAAAAGACGAAACAGAUGUGUUGGAAAGUAAACUGCAAAAAAAGGUAGUGUCGGGAGUUAACAAAGGAAGAGAAAAUUUGCUGGUUGGUGGUGGACAUUCAGCAAGAGUUGGUAUGGUAUUAGAAAAAGCAACACGUAUACGGACAAAAUAUGAACAUGAAGAAAAAUUAAAACAGGAAUAUCGCAAGGUGGAAAGUAUCCGACGUGAGCAUAGCACUCGUAAAAGAAUUCUGGAUUUGCCAAUUCCAAAAACGCCGGAUCUCCUGUCACAAUUGCUAAAACCUGAUUUGUCACCACAUAAUGAUUCAUUAGGUCGCAGUGUUUCAGCAAAAAAUAUUAGCAGUUGUUCGGAAGCUGAUACACUGAUAGCUGCUUCAUCGAAAAUUUCAGUAUCAUCAAAAUCUACAACGUCUGUUUGUUCUCCUUUAUCUGGUUCCGGUGAAUCGAAAUCUUUAUAUUAUAGUGAAUCAUCCGGUAUCAGCUCUCCAAAUGUUCAAGUUAAAAAACCUCGUCUAGAUAUGGCAGCUAUCGAUGCUGUUUUGCAAAGUUUACAUGGUUUGGAUAAAGCUUCUUCCUCCUCUACAUUAUUUUCUACAACUCCUACUUCUGGAUCAGAACCUGCGUUGACAUAA